UAAAAUAUACAAUAUUUUCAGUUUAGGAUUUAUAAUGAAUAUUUAUAUUUCAUUUAUUUUAUCAAGACAAAUUCAUACAUCUGGAAGUUUUAAUUACAUAAUAAAAAUGACACGACUCAGGGUAGUAGACAAUAGCCAAAUUGGAAAACAAGCUAUGUUUGAGGGAAAACCACCCAAAUGUAUUCAUAUUUAUAAUAAAUUGAAUAUUGGAUAUAUUGGUGAUAAAAUAUUGAUUGCUAUAAAAGGAGAAAAGAAAAAGGGUAUUCUUGUAGGCUUGAAACAAAAGCAACAAGCAAAAAUUCCCAAAUAUGAUUCUAAUAAUAUUGUUUUGAUUGAAGAUAAUGGAACUCCAUUAGGCACACGUAUUUAUGUACCAAUUCCACAUAUACUUAGAACUGUUCUAAGACAAAAAACAUAUUCAAAAGGCGCUGAUUAUACUAAACUUCUUGGAAUUGCUUCUACAUUUAUUUGAAUGCUUUUUUUAAAUGUUGAAAAAUAACUAACAAAAAUUGGAUAAAAUACAUG